AUUCCUCUGGGUCGUGUGGUGCUGCUGACGGCUGGAGCCGGUUACGGAGUUUGGAAACGGUCUGACGUCCAUGGAGGCAUCAGCAGAGCAGCCAAGUCCGCAGCCCCCGCAGCCCCCGCAGCCCGGGGAACAUUGCAUCCGUGACGGCGAUUUCGUGGUGCUGAAGCGGGAAGAUGUGUUCAAAGCAGUGCAAGUCCAGCGGAGAAAGAAAGUAACAUUCGAGAAACAGUGGUUCUACCUGGAUAAUGCCAUUGGCCAUAGUUAUGGGUCAACAUUUGAAGUGAGCAAUGGAGGAUGCCUUCAGCUCAAAAAGAAGAAGGAAGAACCUACUUCAGAGACUAAAGAAGCGGGCACUGAUAAUCGAAAUAUAGUUGAUGAUGGAAAGUCCCAGAAACUUACUCAAGAUGAUAUAAAGGCUCUGAAAGACAAGGGCAUUAAAGGAGAGGAAAUAGUUCAGCAGCUAAUUGAAAAUAGUACAACAUUCCGCGACAAGACAGAAUUUGCCCAAGAUAAAUAUAUUAAAAAGAAGAAGAAAAAAUAUGAAGCCAUUGUUACUAUUUUGAAGCCAUCUACCCGUAUUCUUUCAAUUAUGUAUUAUGCAAGAGAACCUGGAAAAAUUAACCACAUGAGAUAUGAUACACUAGCCCAGAUGCUGACAUUGGGAAAUAUCCGUGCUGGCAAUAAAAUGAUUGUCAUGGAAACGUGUUCGGGCUUGGUGCUAGGUGCCAUGAUGGAACGAAUGGGAGGUUUUGGCUCCAUUAUUCAGCUGUACCCUGGAGAUGGACCUGUUCGGGCAGCAACAGCUUGUUUUGGAUUUCCCAAAUCUUUCCUCAGUGGUCUUCAUGAAUUCCCCCUCAACAAAAUAAACAGUCUUCUAAACGGAACAUUUUCUGCUGAGAUGCUGUCCUUGGAGACCAAGGACAGUACUCCGGUUGAACAGAGUAAUGGUGAACAUGAGGAAAAACAGAUAUCUGAACAAGCCGAUGAGGACAACAUAGCAGAAGCCCCAGAACGUAACCUAGAAGAACAGAGAACAAUGGAAACUAUUCCUCAGGACCCAGAGAAUAAGGAGCCUAAAGAAAAAGGAAAUAGAAGAGAUUAUAUUCAGGAAAAGCAAAGAAGACAAGAAGAGCAGAGGAAAAGACAUUUAGAGGCUGCCGCUCUGCUGGGAGAAAGAAAUGCAGAUGGUUUGAUUGUGGCCAGUCGUUUCCACCCCACUCCACUGCUACUGUCUUUGCUAGACUUUGUGGCCCCAUCAAGACCGUUUGUGGUCUACUGUCAGUAUAAAGAGCCUUUGUUGGAAUGCUAUACAAAGCUUCGGGAGAGAGGAGGUGUCAUCAACUUGAGACUGUCUGAAACCUGGCUCAGAAAUUACCAGGUUUUGCCGGAUCGCAGUCAUCCCAAAUUGCUGAUGAGUGGAGGCGGAGGAUACCUUCUGUCGGGCGUCACCGUUGUCUCGGACAGCCUUCGAGCGGACCCCAGCCUCAAGUCUUGUGCAAGCACUUUAGACUCACACGCAGCUGAGGAGCCAGCAGCUAAAAAACAGAAAUGCGUGGGAUCUGGCUCUUAAGAGAUUGCUCUUUGUUCCGAGGCAUUCUGCAGCUGGCAGUUACACUUUAGAUGACAUCACUAAAUGUGUUUUCCUAUCCUCAGGAUGUGUGUACACCUACCCUGGGAAGAAAUAAGCCUUUCGUUUGCUUCUGAUGCAGAUGGGGUUAGUCAGCACUGCAGCUCCGACAUGCGGUAAUGGGUGGGUACAGCAGUCCCAUUUCUGUAACAGACUUUGAGUACUUAAAACUAAUGUCAACAUCCUGAAAAUGUUGAUAUGUAAGACUUUGUUUAUAUUUUAAGCAAAGAUGAAUAAUACAAGCUAGCUAACAUGAUGAACAGAGAAAGGAAGUUCUCUCUCAUCCAUUCUCCUCUACCUAAGCAAUAUGGAUAUGUGCGCCUAUGAGAUUUACAGUACCAAAAAAUUGUGCCCUGCAAUGGAAUAAGCUUUUUUAAAUACUAGAUUUUAUUAUUUUAAUAGUUGACAGCCUGAGGAAGAUCCAGGUAUUUCUUUUACUGUCUCUCCCCUUUGUGGAAGGUUUUGUGGGUGCUUUUUGCAGUGGUUCAUGCAUCUUCUUUGUUCUAAAAAAGUGAUUAGAACUUCUGUGAACUUUUAAACGAUUGAUUUUUUUUUCCCUCUCUAGAAAUGUGUACCAGUGUUGGUACGUCUGUAUGUAUCAACACGGACAGAAUGUACUACCUGUAGUGGGGGAGAGAGAAUGAAUACACAGUUUAUUUGAACUGUGGUAAAGACUUGUACAAGACAGACCAGCUCUCAGUGCGUUGGUAUCAUUCCUUGUCAAGAGUGUUUCAAGUGCCUUUUUCUGGGAUUACUCACACUGGUCUCUGAAGGUCUGUCUGCAGGAGUGAGAUGGGUGGCCUUUAUCAGCUCUGAAAAAGUCUAAUCAAAUUACCAUUUCCAUUGUAAGAAAUAAAAAUGUCUAGAGUAACUCAAGACUCUUGUCCACUUGAGAAUCUUAAGUCCUGCUCACUAGAACAUGCUCAUUGUGUAUAGUGUAUGUGGCAUAGACGCCUACCCAGCAAGGAGCAUCUUGGAUGAAAAAGAUUGUUUUAGUAGCAUGUGCUCUUCUAAUAAUGGCUGCUCUGAUUGCCAACUAUGGUUUUUAUUCCUUUUCCUCUAAAUAAUUGCUUUUAAAGAAUAAA